AGAGAGAGAGAGAGAGAGAGAGAGAGAGAGAGAGAGAGAGAGAGAGAGGUUGGCGCUGCAGUUGCGCUGGCACACAUUCAACGUGGGUGCACACAGUGAGUGAGUGAGUGAGUGAGAGAAAGAGCCGCCGCAUCUUGUGGAUUUCUUUGCGCAUAACCAGCCCGUGUACAUGCUUCUCCCUGCUCCUCUUCCUCCGUCACGUCCACGCCACGAGUUGGUUUCACUUCUCGGAGAAAGAUGUGGCAUCGCGCAAUAGCGACAGUCCUCGUUUUGUUGCGUUUUGCGGGCCACUCGCUGGCAGGUUUUCCGAAUCAGAUCAACAUCGGUGGACUUUUCAUGCGCUCCACAGUGCAGGAGCACAGCGCCUUCAGGUUUGCUGUGCAGCUGUACAACACCAACCAGAAUGCGACGGAGAAACCCUUCCACCUCAAUUACAAUGUCGACAACCUGGAGUCGUCCAACAGUUUCUCUGUCACACAUGCCUUCUGCUCCCAGUUCUCCCGCGGAGUCUACGCAAUCUUGGGCUUCUACGACAGGAAGUCCAUGAACACGCUGACCUCCUUCUGUGGGGCGCUGCACACCUCCUUCAUCACGCCCAGCUUCCCCAUCGAUGCUGAUGUGCAGUUCGUCAUCCAGAUGAGGCCCGGUUUGCGAGGGGCUGUCCUCAGUCUGCUGGCCCAUUACAAGUGGGAGAAGUUCGUCUACCUUUACGACACUGACCGAGGUUUUGCAAUCCUCCAGGCCAUCAUGGAGUCGGCUGUAGCCAAUAACUGGCAGGUGACAGCCCGCUCGGUGGGGAACAUUGUGGACCCCACUGAGUACAGACGCAUCAUCGAGGAGAUGGACCGGCGGCAGGAGAAACGCUUCCUCAUCGACUGUGAGGUGGACAGGAUCAACUCCAUACUGGAGCAGGUGGUGAUCUCGGGAAAGAACAGCAGAGGAUACCACUACAUCCUCGCCAACUUGGGGUUUUCAAACGUGAGCCUGGACCGGGUCUUUUCUGGUGGAGCCAACAUCACAGGCUUCCAGAUCAUCAACCCAGACAGCGUCAUCGUCCAACAGUUCCUCCAGCGCUGGGAGCGCCUGGAUGAAAGAGAAUUUCCAGAAGCCAAAAACACUCCGCUGAAGUAUACAUCAGCGCUGACCCACGACGCCAUCCUUGUGAUUGCGGAGGCCUUCCGGUACCUUCGGCGGCAGCGAGUGGACGUGUCUCGCAGGGGGAGUGCGGGCGACUGCCUCGCCAACCCCGCGGUGCCCUGGAGCCAAGGCAUCGACAUCGAGAGAGCCCUCAAAAUGGUCCAAGUACAAGGUAUGACGGGAAACAUCCAGUUUGACACAUUUGGUCGGCGAACUAAUUACACCAUCGAUGUGUACGAGAUGAAGUCAGGAGGCCCGAGGAAGAUCGGCUACUGGAAUGAGUACGAAAAAUUUGUAUAUAUAAUGGAUCAGCAGGUCACCAACGAGUCCUCUUCUGUGGAAAACCGAACAAUUGUGGUCACUACUAUUAUGGAAGCUCCGUAUGUGAUGUACAAGAAAAACUAUAUGCAGAUGGAUGGGAAUGACAGAUAUGAAGGCUACUGUGUCGAUUUAGCUUCUGAAAUUGCAAAACAUGUGGGGAUAAGAUAUAAGCUGUCAGUAGUUCCCGAUGGGAAGUACGGCGCCAGAGACCCAGAGACCAAGACGUGGAACGGCAUGGUGGGAGAACUGGUUUAUGGGAGAGCUGACAUAGCCGUGGCUCCUCUAACUAUAACACUGGUGCGGGAGGAAGUGAUAGACUUCUCUAAGCCCUUCAUGAGCCUGGGCAUCUCCAUUAUGAUUAAGAAGCCUCAAAAGUCCAAGCCCGGGGUGUUUUCCUUCCUGGACCCGCUGGCCUAUGAGAUUUGGAUGUGUAUAGUCUUUGCCUAUAUUGGCGUGAGUGUGGUGCUCUUCCUGGUGAGCCGUUUCAGCCCAUAUGAGUGGCAUCUGGACGAGAACGAUGAGGCCAAAGACCCUCAGAGCCCCCCAGACCCUCCGAACGACUUUGGGAUUUUUAAUAGCCUGUGGUUCUCCCUGGGCGCCUUCAUGCAGCAAGGAUGCGAUAUCUCGCCAAGGUCUCUGUCCGGGCGCAUCGUCGGAGGAGUGUGGUGGUUCUUCACCCUCAUCAUCAUCUCCUCCUACACGGCCAACCUGGCUGCCUUCCUCACCGUGGAGAGGAUGGUCUCUCCGAUCGAGAGCGCAGAGGACUUGGCCAAGCAGACGGAGAUCGCCUACGGGACGUUAGACUCAGGCUCCACUAAAGAGUUCUUUAGGCGCUCCAAAAUAGGAGUUUAUGAGAAAAUGUGGUCUUACAUGAAAUCGGCAGAACCGUCAGUGUUUGCCAAGACAACACCAGACGGGGUGUCCCGGGUACGAAAGUCGAAGGGCAAGUUCGCCUUUCUGCUCGAGUCCACUAUGAACGAGUACAUAGAGCAGCGGAAGCCGUGCGACACCAUGAAAGUGGGCGGGAACCUCGACUCUAAGGGCUAUGGCGUGGCCACACCUAAAGGCUCAGCAUUAAGAAAUGCUGUUAACCUGGCAGUGUUAAAACUGAAUGAGCAAGGCCUCUUGGACAAAUUGAAAAACAAAUGGUGGUACGACAAGGGAGAGUGCGGCAGCGGGGGAGGUGACUCUAAGGACAAGACAAGUGCACUAAGCCUGAGCAACGUGGCAGGAGUCUUCUAUAUUCUGGUAGGAGGGCUUGGCCUGGCUAUGACCGUGGCUUUGAUAGAGUUCUGCUAUAAGUCUCGGCAAGAAACCAAAAGACUGAAGCUGGCAAAGAACGCCCAGAACUUUAAGCCAGCCCCUCCGGCAAACACCCAGAAUUUUGCCACGUACCGUGAAGGCUACAACGUGUACGGGACAGAGAGUGUUAAAAUCUAGAGGGUGAGUUGUUUUUGUUGACCUGAAAGUUUCUGACUUGAAUUGGAACGUUUUGCGAUGUGGAAUUGAAUGAAUGUAUGUGUCAAUGACUGUGUGUAAAGAUGGACGACAUCAGUUUUCAGCUGGGGCAAUUUCCACCAAAUGUAUUAGGAAAAGUAACCCGAUGUGAGAACCAUGUUCAGGAAAGUUGUACUUGACAUGACUCAUUAGUUUGGUCCAUGUCUCAUCCAGUAACAUGGAGGAGGUAGGGUUUACGACCUACAACUCAGCCAGCCACCAGGGGGCGAUGGAGAUGUUUUGGCUUCAGUUUCAGGGAGCUUUCGCGUCGUCCAUCUUUCUUCACAGUCAUCGGUAUGAAUGAGUGAAUGAUCAACAUGUACAUUAUGAAUUAUUUGUCUUUCACGUUGAGUGAACCCAUGACGUGAUCUGCUGUGUGUCUUCAAUGUGUGUUUGAUUAACUCAUGAUUGUCUUUCUCAUAAAAAAAACGUGUAUGAUACAAACCAUGAUGGAGGUUAGUAUUGAAUUCUGUCUUUACCUGUAAAAUGUGCUGUAAAAUAUCUGAUUUGUACCUCCUCCUUUACGCCUAAAUUACCGACUUAGUAUAAUGUCCCUUUGCCAGUAGAGACGUGUGCCUCUGUUUGUUCCCACGGUGCGUCAAUGUCACAAACGCACUGAAAACCGAGGCGCUCUCUCACCUCCCUCUGUUUCCAAAUUAGCCCGUUCACCCGGGUGUCUCGUUUUCAUCAUUGCUAGUUGGAGCUGAUAAAACCUUUAUGUCUAGCACAGAUUCAUUUGACCCAGGAGUGAAUGCCCAUUGCAUCCAUUCCCAUCGCAGACGUUAGUGGGUGUUAGUGAGUUCUUUGACCAGUGGAAAAGGGCAUUUAGAGUCGUGGUGACAGCUGAAGAUUUCUUUCCUGCAUCUCAUAUUUGUCCUUUGCACAUCCUGUCUUGGCUUUGCAGAGAGGAAGUGUGUCGAUUCCCACUGGUGCAUCUGGAUGGAAACAGCCCCUGCGUGUGACCCCGACACCUCGCGGCUGGCAUCCCGGGAGCAGCAGCCUUCCUUCUCAUCAGCUUGGACACAAGCCUACAAGUUAACAAGUGCUCAUUUUGGGGUCGUGAGACCCGUCACACUAACAGAGGGCAAUGACGCAACAGGACUUUUUGCUUCUGGAAACAUGGAAGUUGCCUCUUGUAGUGCCUUAUGGAGCAUUUCGGCGUCAUGGCAAUGCAAUUAAAAUUGAAUUCACUUGAAAACAAACAAAAAAAAAUCUGUGGACGUUGGGCAAACCAUUGCUUCAAAUGACAAUUAGACGAACUGUUGUAAUUUUUUUCUAUUUUGAAGAAGAAGAAGAAGAAGAAAAAAAAGCCAUGAAUUGCAAUCAAAACAUCCUGGAGUACUUAUUGAGUCACUGGAAUCCUUUACUGACAUAUUUUGUGGUGAAAUCUUGAGUUGGAUAAAUGUUAUAUUUAGUGAAGUAAAGUCAUUUUCUUGUUUUACUAUAAGACUAUUUUCAGUGUCAUAAUAUUUAAGACAAGCAUCGAUCGAUAAGGAUAAGUACCAAUAAACCAGACGACAUUUCGCCCCAGUUUUCAUGCAGAAAAUAUCAAUAAUAUGAAAGUAGUGGUCAUCUUAGGUGGUGUUACUGUGGAAGCCUGAACGUACAACUGACUCUGUUUUCACUUAGACGCUUGUUUUAAAUCAACUCGCUGAGACUGCAUUUGUUUUAACUGCCACACUUUUGCAGCGGGACGGUUUUUUAUUGACAUGAGGUCGGCUUUUAAUCACUUGUGCCAUACUUUGAAAUUCAGAAGAAUUAGAGAAUCCUUUAGACGUAGGUGGCCGACCCCCCCCUUUUUAUGUAAGAGCAUAUUCAAAAAGGUUCGACUGGGCUUAUGGUUUACACUUUGUACACACUUAGAAGCUGCUCUCGUGUAAAUGUCUGCAGCUGUGGAUCUUUCUGGUCUACGAUAACACACCAUGGCUUCUUUGGUUGUGAUGAGCUGUCCGCGUCCAUAUGCAGAAGGAGAGCUGGUGAACUGUACAUUGAGGAGAGAGCUAUGAAUGAAACAUUUGUCUGUUUGUAUAAGUGAACUUUUUAUAAAACUGAAGGGGAGAAAAAAAGCUGAAAAAAACGCUACAAACCAUGUUCGCCUACAUUCGUUUAGUAUCUCAGACUUUCUCAUCCUUUUUCUUCCCAGAUAAAGUGCAUGUGAAUUUGGUGAUGCGUUUUUCGCCAAACUGCAAACUCCAGAACGGACCCUGGUUUAUUGUCGGCUGACGACGUUAGAUCCACUUUGGUUUUUAGUUUCUCCAGUUCAUUUGUAACAGUACCUCAGCCAUGAGAGUUGCAUGUGUGGACACAGUGAACCUCUGUGGAGAGGACAUGUACAAAGGAUUUUAUUACAUUUCCUUAAUAAAAGCAGGUUUAUAUUCA